CCUUUUUCGUCUUUUGCUCGCUCCUCCCUCGAACCCUCUUGCUCGUUCUCUUGCUCGUCGUCCCUUGGACUGGAACCAUCAGCCUCGAGAGUCGAGAUAGAAAGCGAGAAAGCUAGCCUUGGAAGGAUUUCAUAGCAACUGCGACUUCUAGAUCCAGAAUCGCGGCAGCAGUACGAGUCGAAGGAGUUGAAUUUUGCAGGUUCUUUCUGAAGAGAAGCGGAAGAAGGAUUGAUGGAGGACGGUGUGCAGGAGCAAGAAAUUUCUGCGGAACCAGCAACGACGCCCACUGCAGGCGCUAGUCGGGCUAAAGAGAAGAGCACCGGUGGAGGAGGAGGUUGGGGAGGUUGGGGUACCUCUGCCCUCUCCGUCUUUUCAGACCUGCAAAAAGUCGCGGCUGAUGUUGCUGGGGAGAUUUCCAAGAAUGCCGUUGCAGCUGCCAAGGGUGCCGCCAAGGGUGUCGCCGACUUGCAGCAGAGCGUUGUUAAUUCGAUUGAUGAAGAGUUCAAGGAUUCCCAGUCAGAUACUGAAGAAGAGAUUAAGGUCAAAGAGCCAGAGCCUUUAUCGGCAGAAGACAUCAAAAGGAAGGCUGCUUUGGAUAAACUCCAGGAAGCAAGCAAGGAUUCUCUUCUUGGGCAGGGCCUGAAGGCUUUUGACGAGUCGGUGGAGACAAUAGCGUCUGGAGCACUUGCUGCGCUCGGGAAUGCCUGGAAGGGAAGCGUUACUCUGGUUCAAAAACUGGAACACUCGGCAGAGAACCUAGCCGGAACCAUACAGCAAGGGGGUCUGACUGCAAAGGCUGGAUCACUUGCUCCGAGCAUUAUAGAAGGUAGCAAGGCUCUGACUGCAAGAGGGUUCAAAGUGCUGGAGUAUGUGGGAAAAGAAACAUUGGACAUGCUCGCCGCAGAAGCUGGUAUUGACUUUGACAACGACCUGGCAUCGUCAAAGGAAGGGGCAGGAGCUGCUUCGGAGACCUACAAUGAAGAUGUCAGUUUUGAUCAUUGUUUCAUUAUCUACGGAGGACCAGAGCAUCUAGAGGAGCUUGAAUCUCUGGCCAAUCAUUACACUUUACUAUGCAACCGAGCUCGAGCCAAACUUGUCGGUGAAGCCAAGAUCAAUUUCGACACGACAUUGAAACAGCUACAGCCAGUAUUGACGCUAGAUGAUGAUACUGACGAGGGAUCCGUGAAAGGAAAAAGAGUAGAAGCAGGCUAUUCUUUCAGUGAAAAUGAAGUUAAGGCACUUCAAGAAUCAAGCAUAAGCAAAGCUGCUGAAAUGACUACCGGCUUCACAGCAGCUCUUGGCGGGUUGGCCAUGAAAGAAGUGGUGAAAAAGACUUCUGAUCGCCUUGAGGCCAUCAGGGCGGAAGGUGUUCAUAGAAUUUCUGAACUGUGUGCAGUUUGCCUAUCUCAUCUCCUACUACUUGGAAAAUCGGUUUUGACAAGUACUUCUGAUAAAAGUGACAAGUCGGACGAUGUGGAGGAUCUUGACUGGCCGGAGGAUUGUAUUGGAAAAGCUUCACUUAUUAGCGCCAGAGCCAGGGCGAUGGCUGGGGACAUCAAAGCCGUGUCCGACAGUUUCGUCACAGGUAUCGGAGAUGUGACAGCUGCUUUCGACGCAGCGCUGAAGAAUGAGCGCAGGGUUGCAGACGAACAAGGAGAAGCGCUGAGAGAACGAGAGUUGAAGGAGGGCACUUUGGAAGACAGAGCUCAAGCUGUCCGCAGCGGUAUUGAAAGUGAUGGAGCCGCUGCCAUUGAGAAGAUACAAGAUGGCCUCCAACAUCUUACAUAUGUAGUUCUGUCCACGUCAUUCGCUGUUUGAGGUGAUCACAGUUCCUGUUUGUAUCACAAAUAAGAUCUUCAAUUAGAGGCAAUUUCAGAAGAUGGGAUACCCACUAUUCAGUUGAAACGUAAGGGUUAGUAUACAAUAUUCUUUGGAACUUCAGAAGGUUGUACACUAGUAGUCACAUAGAUGCAUUCAAUCAAAGUUGUGGCAUUUGUCUCUAGCAUUUUGCCACGUUGUAAUUAGUUUAUGAUCUUUUUAGACGAUUGCUUUUGGACUUCGCUGAGAAUUGUUCAAAUUACUGUAAUUAUCACUUCCAUUUUUCUGCCCUUCAACUUUGC